AUGCUUGAGAAAAUUCGCUGCUAUAAACCAAAAAUUGCUGUCUUUAACGGGAAAGGAAUUUACGAAACAUUUGUCGGCCACAAAAACUUUAGCAUGGGCAAGCAGCCAGAACCACUUGAAGGCACGAAUACAGUCAUCUUUGUUAUGCCUUCUUCGAGUGCUCGUUGCGCACAGUUACCGAGAGCCGAAGAUAAGCUGCCCUUCUUCGUGGCUCUUCGUAAGUUACGAGAGCAUUUGAGAGGAGAGCGACCUCAUCUGGAGGAUUCAGAGGUCAUUUUUGCCGACUACACCGAGUUCCGAGUGACAACACCGGAUCCAAAGAGCCUACGGAAAGCGGAGCGUCGGCGUAAACGGAAAUCAGAAGCGGCUGCUGCUGCUGCCGCUGCUGCCGCUAUUGAACAGGCGAACAGGGUGAUGGAAGGUGGUGUUUUGGCUUCGGUGGGUCAGACAGGCAGGCCGUCGGGUGCGUACGCGCGUGGCACGAGUGAAUUGAUCGAUUUUGCGCCUGCAUGUGUAUGGGGCUGGCUUCGCGGUGCGCAUGCACGCACGAUGCACGCACGCACACGAACAGAUGAACGCGUGCAAGAGCGAGGGAUGGAUGGGCGGAUGGAUGCAGCAUCGCCUCGGAAGAAGAAGAAAUCUGCUGGGGGGUUGACGCCCCAACAGUCGGCUGUGGGUGGGGACAACUCAACAGUGAAGGCUGUUUCAGCACCCAAUCCAUUCAUAUCUGCUGAUCAGUUUCAACAGCCCCUCCAUCCCUCCUUUCUACAGGCCUCUGCUCCAGCUCCUCAACCACCACAUAUCUUCGCAAUGCAACCUGCCACUCACUUCCAGGCACCCGCUCCUUCCCAGACACAUCCACAGCCCCACCAAAUGUUUGUCUCCGCCAAUGGUCAGCUCAUGACCGCUACUCCUAUGGUAUCACUUGCAGUCCCCGCUGCAAGUACUCAGCAGGCAGCUUUGGCUGCUUCUGCUACCCCAGCGCCAGGAACCACCGCUGCAGCUUGCUACGGCUCUCCUUUCCAGCCCUUCCUAAUGGGUCAAUCAGCACCAGGUCAACCUGCAGGUAUGGUUGCCUGGCAGCCUACAGCCGCAUGGUCCGCCUAUCAGCACGCGGCUGCUGCGGCAGCAGCAGCAGCAGCUACUGCUACUUCAGGCUCCUCACAGCAGCACCCACAGCAACACUCACAGCCGAACCAACAUCCAUUUUCACAACACCACCAACAGCAACAGUCGGCUCAGCAGCACUUUGUAUUUGCUGGAGGACAAACAGUUGCUCCAGCAGCAACCCCUGCCGCAGCUUAUCCCCAACAGCUCUACUUGGCGUCUGCUCCAACGGCCACAGCGGCUAGCCCUACGUCGUAUCAUCUACUGCCGGUGGGCUGUCACCCACAAACCACAUUUGCAGGCGUUUUUGUGCCAGACCAACACCAGGCAGCAGCGGCUGCUGCUGCUGCUGCCGCCGCCGCCGCAGCAGCUGCUGCCAUGCACACUGCACCAUAUGCUACUGCACCCCCACCGCCUCAUCCGCCGUCUGCCUCUGCUGGUGCAGCCGAGAGCCCCUUCAAGGUCAUGACGAUGGGAGGUGGUGGCAGUGCAAUGCCCCACUUCCUCUCUGCUCUCUCCUCAGCACCAAAAGCAGGCCUCAAAGUAUCUGCCCUUACUCAGACGCCGGCUGUCAAUGCCUCCGCUGUGCCACUUGUUCAAACAGCAUCGGGGGGUGAUGAGUCUGGCGCUGCGGUUUCGGCGGUGGCAACCCCGACCGUGGUGCAAGCAAGUGCAGCUCCUGACGAGAAAGUUGUCUACAGCGCGCUCUAG